CCGAAUGCCCAUCUACGUCUACUUACCCUCAAUGGUCGCUACUCGUGCUUCUUGAACAAUUUUGAUAUCCACCUCAUCUCGGCUACAAGUCCUCUUUCCUCACAAUGCAACGACACCUCGUCGACACUACAACCCCAGCAUACCCAGCAUUCGGUCUUCUGAUGCGUACAAACGGCCCCUUUCAAUGGAUCACACCUCUCGCUGCUAUUCUUGCCGGAUGACCUGCCUCGGCCACACUUCGCCAAACGUACCGGCACAAGUUAACAACUCGAUGUAAUAUUGACAACCCACAGUCGAACACGGACGAUGAUGGACCGCAUUGGAGGGCUCUCAGGGUUGCGAACUGUCUCCAAGGAUCACCGAUGGUCUUGUGUUGUACAUUCAGAUUCGCUGGGACCAAACGGGCUAUCAAGUGCGCUCACACUCAAACGCGCUGUUCAACCUUGCUACCGGCUCACAAGUGCGUUCGUAGUUUUCGCUUGCCAAGUUGACCGACGCUCACUAGAAGCAAGAGGCAACGGGACAUUCUUUCGUCCAUCGGAGAUCCCGCCGCGUCUGGGCGAGCGCGACGUCAGACAUUUCACGACAAUAGACAAUAUGGGACCUGGUACACUUCAUGGCGAGUCUCGUGUCCAUCUAUGGUGCUCGUACUCCGGGUUGUCCCCGGGAUGCUGCAAACGUGCGCCUGUACAUCUGAUUCCUGACCAACCGACAAUAAUCAGGUUACGUUCGCUUAUAGGUACUCAUGGGCUCCUCGAUCCUGACGUUGAAUUCUUCCAAGUGUCCCAUCAAAUCACGAACUCUCGAAUCACUGUCAUUUUUACCACCAGCACUGGUGUCAGUCUCGUCAAUCAUACUGUCUGCGAUCGACGCGGCCCGACAGAAUACUCAGUCAGAGCCCAGAAACGCACCGUUGAUACGCUAGCUGUGACUGACUAGGGAUCGGCCGAUCUAGACGACCGAUGUUAUACAUCUCCACAGG